AUGAAGGGUAAGGUUGCUAUGGAUGUCUACAGUUUCGGGAUUAUGAUCAAGGGUUGCUGUGAAGUUGGUGACUUGAUCAAGAGUUUUCGGCUUUUGGCUUUGUUGAUUCGCAUGGGUUUCUCUCCAAAUGUUGUCUUAUACACUACCUUGAUUGAUGGUUGUUGCAAGAUUGGUUAUGUUCAUUUGGCAAAGAAGGUGUUUUGUAAGAUGGAGGGGUUGGGCUUAGUUCCCAAUCAGCACACUUAUAGUGUAUUGAUAAACGGGUUCUUCAAGCAUGGCCUUCAAAAGGAAGCAUUUCUAAUGUAUGAAAAUAUGAAGCAGAGAGGAACGGUGCCCAAUGUUUAUGCUUACAAUUGUAUCAUCAAAGAAUAUUGUAAGGAUGGGAAUGUAGAUAAGGCUUUUAAGGUGUUCGAUGAAAUGCGUGAGAAAGGUGUGGCAUAUGGUAUUGUAACGUAUAAUAUUUUGAUUGAUGGGUUGUGCAGAUUGAAGAAGCUUCAGGAAGCAGUAAAGUUGGUUGAUAAAGUGUAUCUUGUUGGCUUAACUCCUAAUUUAGUUACAUACAAUACACUAAUCAAUGGUUUUUGUGGCAUUGGAAAGAUGGACACUGCUGUUAGAUUAUUUAAUCAAUCAAAGGCAAUUGGACUAUCGCCAUCAUUGGUGACCUACAAUACUUUGAUUGCAGGGUAUUGUAAUAUUGGAAAUUUUGAUAGAGCUCUUAACAUGGUCAAGGAAAUGGAGGAGAGAAGCAUUGCUCCUUCCGAAGUGACUUAUACAAUCCUUAUUGAUGCUUUUGUACAAUUAAAUCAUAUGGACAAAGCAUUUGAAAUAAAGUCUUUAAUGGAGAAGUCUGGUUUGAAUUUAGAUGUUUUUACAUGUAGUAUCCUUUUGCAUGGGUUUUGUAUGAACGGUCAUAUGAAAGAAGCAUCAAAGCUCUUCAAAUCAUUGGGUGAGCUGCGCUUGGAACCAAACAGUGUCAUUUAUAAUAUCAUGAUUCAUGGUUAUUGCAAAGAAGAAAGCUCUUACAGGGCUCUUAGAUUACUCAAAGAAAUGAUUGACAAUGGAAUGGUUCCAAAUUUGGCUAGCUUUUGUUCAACCAUAGGGCUUCUUUGCAAGGAAGGAAAGUGGAAGGAAGCGGAGUUUCUCAUACAGAAGAUGAUAAAUUCAGGAUUGGAGCCCUCAGUUUCUUUGUACAAUAUGAUUUACCGAGCCAAAAGUGAAGUUCUGGUACAAUAG